AUAAAUAACGUGCUGCAGACAUAAGAGACGACACACGCACGUAAUGCCCUGGCCACAUAGAUGCGUACGACCGCAUACGACUGCGUUCGACCGUAUACGAAAUUAUAGUGACUUCUGGUACUGCCAAUGACAGAAACGUCGUGUGAAAAGUCUCUGUCAAUACUGAAUAAACCUGCACUCCCAUGGGUAAAUUCGAGCUUGGGAGAGACUUUGUUGAGGUUAAUAUAUAUAUAAAAAAGUAUACAUCAGUUUUGGAGCAAUAGCAAAACUAUAAAUUAUAGAGGUAUUGAGUCCUGCAUACAAGUACUUAAUGAAAACAUAAAUCUAAUAAAUUAUCAGCAGGCAAGUUUAAAAUGGUUCACCAUGAGAUUGUAAGAGAGAUUGCUGAAUUAGGCCAUGCAUAUAUUGAAUAUAAUGAAAUUAUAAGAAGAAGAAGAAGGUUAAGACGCUGGUGGAGUAAACAAAAACAGCUUUGAUUCGGCAUAAUUACUUAAUUGGAUAUGGCAGUUAUAGAUCGAUCUGUUUUUACUUAUUUUAAAUGGAAUGAUGAGGAGGAAUUCAUACAGUUUACUCGUAUGAAUUUUCAAGCAUUCGAGUAUUUAUACACUUUAGUCCAUGCAGCAUUGAUUAAAAGAAGUAUAAGGCCUGCUCUCCCUCCAAAGUUACGCCUGAGUUUAACGCUAAAAACAAGGCAUAAAGUGUAUUUUAUUGGUCUCUUGUUGGGAAUCACGGUGCUCUACAAUGAAUUUCUUGCAUAUGAAAUUCAAGCCUUCAAAUGGUCUUUACGCAAGUGUACAGACUGCGUUACAGUUUUACUUAUAGCCGAUCCACAGAUACUUGGAUAUCAAAAUGAAAAUUACAAAGGCUCAGCGUGGGCCAUGUGGGAUAGCGACAGAUAUUUAAAGAAAACGUUCUCAAGGGCUGUGAGUCGUACACAACCUGAUGUUAUUGUAUUUCUUGGUGAUUUAAUGGAUGAGGGCCAUAUUGCUAAUGCAGAAGAUUUUGAAAAGUAUAAGAGAAGGCUAGCUCAUAUUUUUGAUACUCCAGAUCAUAUAAUGAAAAUUUAUUUGCCUGGUGAUAAUGAUAUUGGAGGUGAAGAAGAUAUGGUAUCUUCUCAUAUUCAUGAAAGAUUUAAUUAUGCUUACACCCAAUCAGACACAUUGGUAUACAGUACCGCAACAUUUUUCAAGGUGAAUAGAUUAACAAAAACAAUCCCAGCUGCUCCAAAGGAGGCAUUUCUUAAUGAUUAUGCCGAAAGAAACACUACAAAUGUUGUACUUAGCCACAUGCCUUUACUGUUUAUGCCAGGAACAUUUGUGCAAAAUGUACUCAAAGAAUUAUCCCCUCAAAUUAUUUUUACCGCACAUGAGCACAAAGCUAUGCACAUGAGCUUAGAUACAGCAACUGAUCAAUUGAGUGAAAUAUGGAUCCUUCCGCCUCAUAAAACACCACUGUAUCAGUUAAGACUUGACAUGGGUGAUAUACAUGAGAUUCAGAUACCAACGUGCUCUUACAGAAUGGGAACCCCAAAUAUGGGCUAUGGAUUAGCUUACAUAGAUACCCAAGAAAAAACUCUAGAUUUUACAAUCUUAUGGUUACCUGAACGUUUUUAUCAAAUUUGGAUCUACCUUUACGUUUUAGGUGCAGCCUUUCUUUUUUCAAUAUUUUUUCUCAUUUGCAGUACUUGUAUGAGUAAUCAUAUAGCUUAUAGUCGUGUGCCUAUUUAGAAAUUGUAUUAAACUAGAACCAUGAGAGUUUAGACUUGCCCCUGAAUCUCAACUAGAUGUAAAUAUGAAAAUUUGCCAAUUAGUUAAGACAUGGAAACAUCUAGAUUUAGAUAAAUUUAUCAUUAAUUUGAAUAUUUGUAGCUUCCAUGUCCAAAUUAUUUUAAUUUAUUAGAUGUCCGUCCAAUAGAUUGUUUGAUUUUCGAAAAUUUAGAUUUUUAUAUUAACUUUUACAUCUUUAUCAAGAUCUGUUAAAAUAUUCAAAUGUUAAGAAAAUAUGUCUUGGAGGUAUUUUUUAAUAAACUUGUACAUUUAAAUGAAUUUACCUGUUCCACUAUAGUAAGCUAUCAUCAGUUACUUAACAAUCAUAAAUUUGAAAUAAAACUGUUAACAAGUUAACAAGUACAUACAUGCAUAUUUAUUUGUGUAGUAAAGAACUAUAGUACUUCAUUGUUAUAGCUAUUUACCAGUUUUUAACAAAUAUAACAGCAUACCUAAAAAAAUCAAAAUUGUAUGAAAAAAAUAGAUGACCGCAAUUUAUAUAAAUUAUCGCUUCGUAUAAGUCUUUGUAUAGUUUAAUAACGUUAAACUGUAAAUGUUAUCGACUGUUUAAUUCAUAAUAACUGUAACAAUAAUUUUGUAAUGUUGUUAAACUAUUUUAUCGAAAGUGUAAUAAAAUAACGAGUAGAAAGACAUUUAUUUAUAUAAAAUACGUAAUGUACCCUGUUUAUUAACUCUGACGUUCAUAUAUCUUUUUUUAUGCAUUACAUCUACAAAAAUGCAUGUUUCACUAUAUAUUUAUAUGCAUUUGAUUUUUUGCGUAGUAGCCAUGUCGUCUUUGCGUUGUUUGAAUGAGCUACUGUCAAUAAAGAAAAUAAAUUUUGUUAUUCCACAAUUCGCUGCGGCCCGAACAAUCGUCAUGAGUAAAAGGAAAGCUCCUAGCCAGUCGAAUAACCCGAAUCACGAUUUAUGCGAUUUGUUAACAGAACUUGCGAAUUAUGAGCGCAACGUGAAUAAAAAUGUUCACAAAUACAACGCGUAUCGUAAAGCAGCCAGCACUUUAUCGGGUUUAUCGGAAAGAGUCAAGUCAGGCGAAGAAGCAAAAAAGCUUCCUGGGAUCGGCGAAAAAAUCGCAAAAAAGAUUGACGAAUUUCUCGAAACUGGUAAACUGCGCAAGUUGGAGGAUAUAAAUAAAGACGAAAAUAACGUGGCCAUAAAUGAAUUGACAAGGGUGAGUGGAAUUGGUCCUGCUAAAGCCAAAGAACUCGUGGAUGCCGGUAUCAAGUCGAUAGAGGAUUUAAAAAAACAUCUGGACAAGCUUAAUCACCACCAGCAAAUAGGUUUAAAACAUUUGGAAGAUUUUGAGAAAAAGAUACCAAGAGCAGAAAUACAAGUAAUCGAAAAAAGAAUAAAGGAAGCUGCUGAAGGAAUAGAUGAAGAUUAUAUUAUUACGAUUUGUGGGAGUUAUAGAAGGGGGAAAGAGGAAAGUGGCGACAUCGAUGUCCUUUUGACUCAUCCAAUUUACACAUCUGACAUUAAAGAUUCGAAAAAACACACAGCUCUGUUGAAAUUACUUGUUAAGAAACUUGAGGCAAAAAAAUUCAUAACUGACACCAUUUCUCAUGGAGAUUUUAAAUUUAUGGGUGUAUGUAAAUUGGAUGAUGAAAAGCCUUACAGAAGACUGGAUAUUCGUUUAGCUCCUCAUGAUCAAUAUUACUGCGCAGUCCUAUAUUUCACAGGAAGUGACUUGUUCAACCAAAAGAUGAGAGCACAUGCUUUAGAGAACAAGUAUACAUUGAAUGAAUAUACGUUAAAGAAGUUGACUACGGAAGGCACUCCAGGAGAUGCUGAAAAAAUUACCUGUGAAGAAGAUAUUUUCAAAAUUCUCGGCCUGCCAUACAAAAAGCCAAAAGAAAGAAGUGUCUAAUGUAAAAUAAAAGAACAUACCAAAUUUUUGUAAAAGUUUAUAUUAUUUAUUAUCAUCGCGAAGAUUAGACAUUAUAGAAUAUAAAAAAAUAUGUUAUUUUUGUGAAAAUGAAGCAAGAAAAAUGAAGGAAGAAAAACACUUUUACGUAAUAAAAUACUGUGGAU